AUGCAUAUGGGAAUAGAAGAAAUGGAAGAAAAUGUUCAUUCCCAACAAACAUUUAAGCAUAGAGUUGAGUCAUCUACAUUAUAUGAAGCCAUUAGGCCUACUACAUUUGAAGAAUACGUGGGACAAGACCAUCUAUUAAACCAACAGAAUGGUAGUAUUUUCACAUUUAUAAAACUUGGAUAUCUACCGUCAAUGAUAUUCUUGGGGCCACCAGGAGUUGGCAAAACUACAUUGGCUUCGGUGAUAUCAUACGAAUGCAAGUUACCGUUUAUUGAAUUGUCUGCAACGACGUUAACGACAGGGGAACUCAAGCAAAUAGCAAUGAUGCAUGAAGAACAAAUAGUUGUGUUUAUUGAUGAAAUUCAUAGGUUGACUAAAGUGCAACAAGAUUGGUUAUUACCUUAUGUUGAAAAUGGGAAAAUGGUUUUGAUAGGUGCCACUACUAGUCACCCGAGCAAACGUAUACGCCAUGCCAUCUUAUCACGAUGCCAUGUAUUCUGUUUGCGCAGAUUGGCUACUCCAGAAUUACAAAUAAUCUUAAGGAAAGCAAUUAAAUAUCAGAAUUUAAAACGUAAACAUGUGUUGAAUCUCCCAGAAAUUGAUUAUGAUCAGGUUUGUGAGGAUUUAAUUCUUGAACUUGCACAUGGUGAUUCGCGUAUAGCAAUUAAUUUGGUUGAAUUGAUAAGCAAUAACUAUAGUCAAACCGAUGAUGGUCGUAUCCUGUUAAAGAAUCAUGAUUUAAAACGACUAUUUUCUAAUUUAACAGAUUCCUCAAGUGAAGGUGUAAUAAAGAAUCAAGAGGUCUUUAUGAAUUUUAUGAAUGAAUUAUGCCACGGUUGUACUUCCUCGCACCACAGCAAAUUGUUUUAUCAAAACCCAUUGGAAUUCUUUUACGAUGAUUUCAAAAGCAAAGAAGCAGAUGAAGAAUAUAUUUAUCAAAUGCAAGUGUCUGAUGAUAGUGAUGUGGAGAAUGGUGACAUUUAUUCUGAUUGUGAAUCUGAUGGAUUAGCAGAUGUCGAAGGCAUAAGUGAUGCUAGUGACUAUCACCUUGUUGCUGCGUUAUAUUACCUCAAUGUCCUAUUACUGCAAGGCGAAUCACCGACUGCAAUUUUUCGUCAUUUGAUAUUGUUUACAAUAAAGUACACAGAUUGUGAAAACUCGACUUUGCGAAAACUAAUUUCCUUCAAGAAUGGAAUUGCUUAUCGGAAUGAUGGACAUUCAGUAACUGCUUUGAGUAAUUGCGUUGAAUGGUUGAUGUAUCGACAAAGAACAAUGCAUGGGAAACAACUAUCGUUGAUAUUAAAUUAUAUGAUGAAUUAUUUUAAGAAUCAGGAAGCACUUGAUCGAACAAAUGAGAUAAAUGUCGACGAUUUGGAAAUUUCAUUUGAUGAUAAUGAAGUUAAACAACUAGAAGUUUACCCACAAUUUGAGCGUUCUGAAGAAUCACAAAUUAAAGGAUUUGAGGUUACAUUUGAAAGUAGUAUUGAUGAAUCGUAA